UGUGACUUUCGUUGUUCCCAUAAUUCCGCCGAUUUUAAUUUGAAAAUCAAAGCUGAUAAUAAACAACUGUUGUAUUAAAAUAUGGUGUUUUAAGUAAUUCUUGUUUGUCGAAUAUUUUGAAGUCGUAAGAGAUUUUAAAAAUUUCUAAUUAUAAUGAAGCCCAACCGUCCUAAAACACCUGGUCGAAAAACGCCGGCUAGAUUUGCAUCUCCAAACAAGGAUCCUAUUGUUGUCUAUUGUCGCAUUCGUCCAUUGUUCGGUUCUGAUCCAGUGUGUCUAACACGACGAGAUAAUAAAACUGUUGUGUUAUCAGGAACAAAUUCCCUUUCUAAAGGAAAAACCAGUGUACAUUCCUUUUCUUAUGUUUUUGGGGAGGAAACAACUCAAAAGGAGCUCUUUGAUCAUGUUGCACUGCCUUUAGUACAAGAUCUUCUACAAGGUUACAAUGGACUUUUAUUCACCUAUGGUGUAACUUCUUCAGGAAAGACUUACACAAUGACUGGAACUCCUGAAGAUGGUGGCUUGUUGCCGAGGUCUUUAGAUGUUAUAUUCAACAGCAUUUCUGAUUAUCAAGCUGAAAAAUAUAUUUUUAAACCUAAUAGAGUCAAUGGAUUUGAAAUACAGUCUUCAGAAGAAGCCUUUAGAGAUCGUCUAAAAGAGCCCAGUUAUGUUGCCAGAACACCAAAACCUAAGGGAAGAGAUAUUAACAGAUGGAAUAACCGUAUGCCAGAUUGUAAUAUAAUUGAAGACAUUUGUAGUGAUAUGAGAUACUCUGUAUUCAUAUCUUAUGUUGAAAUCUACAAUAACUAUGUGUAUGAUCUUUUAGAAGAUAUAUCUGAUGAUAGUCUGAGAAAAAGAAAUUUUACUUCAAAACAAAUUCGCAAGGAUUCUAAUAACAAUAUGUAUGUUUAUGAGGCUUCUGUAAAUGAGGCUAAAACUGUAGAUGAGGCUCUGGAACUUUUCAUGAAAGGACAAGUCAGAAGGAAAGUUGCCAUCACUGCUCUUAACUCUGAGUCAAGUCGAAGCCAUAGUGUAUUUACCAUUCGAGUUGUGCAAGCACCCUUGGAUGAUUUGGGCCAAAAUAUUGUAGAGGAUGAUGAUAAAGUGAUUAUUAGUCAACUAUCUCUCGUUGAUCUGGCUGGCAGUGAACGUGCUCGAAGAACAAAUAUUGUUAACCACAAGAAUAAAAGUGAAGCAGGUAAUAUCAAUAGUUCUUUGAUGCAUCUAAGAGCUUGCAUUGAAGCAUUGCGGAACUCCCAAAAAUCCAACGGCUCAACUCAAAAAGUUCAGUAUAGAGACAGUAAACUAACCCAUUUAUUUUCAACCUUCUUUGAAGGUGAAGGGAAAAUUCGAAUGGUGCUGUGUGUAAAUCCUAGAGAAGAUGAUUAUAUAGAAAAUACUCAUGUUUUAAUGUUUGCUGAGAUGACACAAGAGGUUGAGAUUGUACGAUCUACACCAAUAGCCACUCCUCAAGGACGAACUGGACGAGGUAAUAUGUACCGAGAAGCUGUCAAAAGAGCAAUGGAGCAUGGCUUAACUGUAGCUGAAGUUUUAGCACCAGUGGUCUAUAGCCUUCCUGAAUUUCCUGUUGACUUAUUGGAGAAUUCAGAUGAUGAAGAAUCAUGUGAUAUGUUGCUGCAGUUUCUUGAUGAAUAUAUAGCUCGCAAAGUGGGUUACUGGCAAGAUGUACAUCGAAGGCAGUGUCGCUCUUCUGGAAAAAGAUUUGAAAGCAAGAAAUGAACAGGUACACUUCAUGGAGAGAGAAUUAGUUCUAUCUGGAGAUCAGGUCAAUAAUUUAGAACGACAAAUGACGGAAGUGAAACAUCGGUUGGGUGAAAAAGAUGAAAUGAUUUCUCAACUAAGACACGAAAAUCGUGAGAUCAGGAGUGAAAACCAUGAAAAUAGAGCUAAAAUGCAAGAGAAACUUGCUAAUGAAAAAGAUAAAAUGAAGAGAAUAAUGGAGAGAAGAUUGGCUGAAAAGCAAGCUGAGUUGGAGGGAAAAUUAUGCUUCAGUGGUGAAAAGUUUAGGUUGCUAAGAGAAAUAUUGAAUGCUGGUGAAUGGGAUGACCUUAUAGAUAUGAAUGGCCCGCCACUACCCUCAGCUGGUCCCUCUACUGUUCCUUCUGAUUCAUCUGUACCACAAACGAGAUCCAAAAAAAGAUCUUCUGCCAGUGAAUCGUCAGUAACAGAAGUGAAAAUGACCAUUUCAAGAUCUUCUAAUGAUUUAGGUAAUGCUGCCAAGAAAGUGCGCUCUCAUCGUUCCAGAGAGGAAAUCAUCCCAGUUUCAAAAAAUGAGUUUGAUUCUCUAUUUGCAAAAGAGAAUAAACCUCCAAGUUCAUCACAAAGGAGUAUUGCUAUUGCAAAUCUGCGUCAUAGAAGAACAUCUAGUUCUGGUGAUGUGUGGGUAGAACAUAAGCCGGUUGGAAAUCUGGAGUUAGGCACUGUUUUGCAACCAAAAAUGAAGAAGCGCCGAUCAGUAACCAAAUUGAAAGUAAAAGAUGUCACCAAUAAAGAUGCUUCCAAGUAUGUUCUCGAACACCAGGAACAAGAUUCGCAAGGAGAUAUUGAGACUCAGUUAUACAAGGGUGAUAUAAUACCAUCUGCUGGUGGGGGAGCUCAAAUAGUUUUUAAAGAUGUUGAAAAGCUACGCCAAGAAUCACCACCUGCUGCAGCUGCACCUUACAAUUUUAGAAAGAGAAGCAAUGAAGGUUUACCACUUCGAGAAAUUGAGGACCGGUGCACAGUAGCUGUUGAGUGUCAUGGAGUUCCAUCGAAAGUCAUGAAGAAAAAGUAAUUACAAGUCUCAAGAACAUAGAAAAGAAAGUUGCUGUAUAUGAACUAUUAAUUUUUUUACUCCUUUCAUUACUCACUAUGACGUCCAUUCCAGAGCUUGGGGAAAAGUACUUAUUUAUUGGUUAUAUUGCAGGGUUGCUCAACCAUUUUCUGAUACCGGGCCACAAAAAUUGAAAAUAAAUGCUUUGUCGGAUGACGAAAUUAUAAGAAAUAUAUACUGACAUUAUAGCCAUAAAAAGGAAUUGUUACAAUUAAGUUCAGAAUUGCCGUAAGGCAAUAAAUGAAUAAAAAGCCAGGAUGACCAGAAGAAAAAAAAUUUAUUAAAACAAAAUUAACUUUCUAAUACAGCAGUAUUUAUAUUUAUAAAUAAAUUUUUUUAUUAAAAAUACUUCAUAUUGCUCAUUAUUAUACAGUUAGUGGUCCGCAGGCUAUAAGUUGUGCAUCCCUGAUGUAUUGUAUCAAAAUUUGUAUUUUAGAAAUUAUCAUACAAGCUUUUAUGUUUAGUUGGGGCUUGUUUUAUAUUAGAGUUCUUGUAAAUUUGAUUACUUUUAAUCGUUUGUAAAAAUUUUAAAAAGUAUAUUUUAAUAAAUAUGUAUGUAUAACUUUA